CAAGGAAGUGAUACUGUCUUGUUUUGGUUUUUGCUUCUUGGCUUUUGACGUUUCAUGUUUUGCUCGCACACAUAAGGACGCGACAGGGGCGUGGGGCAAAAUAACGGUGGUACUUAAAUCGCAACUUCUAAUAUGCUGUAUGAAUUCAGUAUAUGACAGAGCAUAUACAUAUGCAGAUACCUGUUGUUGCAUCAUUUAAAGAGGGACUAAAGCAAUUUGACUCGAGUGCUUACCGUGGCAUGGUGCUAGAGAGAGCAGACAUUGCCAGCGCGACCUGGUCGAAAGAUCUGCAUCAGUGGCGUUAUGAAAUUACUCUUUCUUGCCUGCCUAAGUCCAAAAACGGGGAACUGCACCACAGCUGAGAGGAUAAGGGCUCACGUUGAAUCUGCAGGCCACACUUGUGUGCUUCGAGAUGCAUCAGAAUUCAAAUCUUCUGCUGAGGUGGCCAAGUUGGUCACUCAGAAACCUCCCUUCGAUGGUGCACUGGCCAUUCAUCUGUACAAAGCAGGGAGGCUGCUCUUGGAUGUCCCCGUGCCCUUUGGUGUUGUCUUUGGAGGAACAGAUAUCAAUGAGGAUGUGAAAGUGGAGCACAAGCUCGUGGUUAUGAAGCAGGUGCUGCUGAAAGCCAGGUUUGCUGUCGCCUUCACUGCCAAGAUGAAACAAAUGGCAUAUGUAGUCCUGCGUUCCCCGAGCAGCAAGAUCUACAUUCAGCCCCAAGGCAUUAGGACUGAGGCCACGGAGAAAUUCUCCUGGGGUGAAUUCUUGAAGAGCUCAGGUUUGAGCGGCGCCCGUGCGGAGCAGCAUCGCGUCUUCCUGUUGGUCUGUGGACUGAGGAGGGUGAAGGACCCUCUCUACCUGGCGGAGGUGUUCACAGAAUGGCACCGUGAGGAUCCUCUCAAUGUCCUGGUUAUAAUCGGACCAGAGAUUGAUUCUGCGCUCACAGAGGAGGUGGAGGCCGUUGCCCAAAGGCGGGCCGGGGUCUUCCUGGCCCAGGGGAGGAGCCAGCGGGAACUGCAUGCGGUGGUGCGGAGGUGCUUCGCCGUGGUCAACAGCUCCAUCUCGGAGGGCAUGUCGGCGGCCAUCUUGGAGGCCAUGCAUCUGGAGGUGCCUGUGGUGGCCAGGGACAUCCCGGGCAACGCUGCGGUCGUCCAGCACGAGGUCACCGGCCUGCUGUACUCCAGCCCGCAGGAGUUUGUUUGCCAGUCGCAGAGGCUUCUGUCGGACGGGGAGCUGAGGGGCAGGCUGGUGAGGACGGCCAAGCUGUACGUAGAGCAGCAGCACAGCGUGGAGCGGGAGAGGGAGACCUACCACCGCCUGGUCCAGAGCCUGCAGUGAGACCACAACCUUCUCAGGAACCCAGACCCACCAAAAUGUAUGGAACUCAGAAGGGUUUUUUUCGUAAUAGCCCACUCAGGAUUCACAGAGUGCCUUUCUAUGGAAAACAUGUUUACGCAAAGUCGAUCCAAGACAUUAGCUUUAAAAGAAGGAUGUUUCACGUUUCUGGUUCCAAUAAGCAAUGUUAUUAAAUGUCUGAGAGAAUUCAGGAAAUAUAAAAAAUAUACAUUAUGUAUCAUGUGUCUGUAGAACAUAUCGCCAACAAAGUCUUAAUAAUGCUGGUAUAUUUAAACCAAAGAGUUGAAGUGGGUGCAAUGCAAUUAUUAAUCUUUUGGUCUAUCUAUUUUGGGUAAAACAUUUUAUGCCAAUAAAUCUUUAAACAAUAUGCAUUAAAAGUGACUUUACUCUUCUAAA